AUGACGGAUAUUGGCAACAACAUGAUAAAUGGUACAUUCCCUUAUUGGCUAAAUUCUCUAUCAAAAUCACAAGUUCUUGUUCUACAAUCAAACAAAUUGUGUGGUGUCUUACAAAGUUCCAAGACCAUCCAUUCCUUUCCUAAGUUACAAAUUCUUGAUCUCACUAACGAUGAAUUCACUGGUCCUUUGCCCAAAGAUAUAAUAAAAAACAUGAAGCCCAUGAUGAAUCUUAAUGAACAACAAAGUUCUUUGCAAUAUAUGCAUCAAAGAUAUUAUCUUUAUUAUGUUAAUUUGGCCGUGAAAGGAAUCUACAUUGAACUUCCUUAUAUUUUGACAACAUUCACAUGCAUUGACCUUUCAAAUAAUAACUUUCAUGGAAAGAUUCCAAGGGUUAUUGGAAAACUUAGUUCACUUAUAGGGCUCAACCUUUCUCAUAACAGCCUUAGUGGUCAUGUCCCUACAUCAAUGGGAAAUUUGACAAGUAUGGAAUGGUUAGACCUCUCCUCAAACAAGCGCACUGGGCAAAUUCCUAAUGAAUUGAAAGAUUUGGCAUUUCUUGCCUUUUUAAAUCUUUCACAUAACCAACUCACAGGACCAAUUCCUCAAGGUAAACAAUUUAGUACUUUUGAAAAUAGCUCAUAUGAAGGAAACUUGGCACUUUGCGGCUUUCCAUUAUCAAAAUCUUGCUACAACGAUGGGAGGAAACGAUCAUCUCCAUCAUUCUUGAAAGAGGUAAAUGACUCAGAGACCAAGAUCAAUUUCAGCUGGAAAGUUGUGAUGAUGGGUUAUGGAUGCGGACUGAUAUUUGGAGUCGUUGCUGGAUAUGUUACAUUUAGAAAUGGUGAACCAAAAUGUUCCAACUGUUUUCGUUCCAUGAUCCCUUUUGAUAGAUCACAGGAUGACAUAGCUUACUGGGCCUUAACCUCCAAUGGGGAAUUCUCUACAUGGAGUGCUUGGGAGGUAGUCAGACAGAGCUCCUCAAAUCAUUCAUUGGGUAAACCAGUUACAGCUGAAUAUAAAUUGAAUAUGGAUGGCAGUUCUCGGCUUAAUCAGAGUGCAGCUAGUGGGGGUUUUCUCCGUGAUCAUACAAGUACGCUUGUCUUUGGUUUCUCUGAGAAUAUAGGUCCUUCUAACUCUUUACAAGCCGAAUUACGUGCAUUACUCUGGGGAUUAUUUUUAUGUAAAGAAUGA